GCGGACCGCGAGUUCAACCUGGCGCGCGGGUCGUGCGACCAGAGCUACGGUGACAUCGACAGGGGCUCCCCCAACCAAUCGGUGAUCAAGUCGACGAAGGGCAACACGUCGAAGGACGGCAAGUGGAAGCCGACAGGGAGGCAGUGCGACGACUGCAGGCUGAAUCGGAGGAAGCAUCACAAGGACCCAGAGACUGGCUACCCCACCACUCUCGACAGGAUGAUUGCGAAGAGGAAGGACCUGAAGAUGAAUGAUAAUACCCAGAGUGAUCGGUCGGCGCCCGUGCGAGGUGACACCAGGAUGGGGUCCAUGGACUUCAAGGAAGGCUACGCCGAGGGAUGCUUCUACAAGCUGUUCGAUUACGCUCGGCUGCUGGAUCCGAACGAGGAGUUCGGAGGCUGGACUUCGCAGCAGGUGAUCGAGUGGAUGGGCGGUGACUACCCAGGUGCUGAGAUAUUGCAGGACAGUCUGGGCAACCUCGGAGUGAAAGAGCAGGACAUGCCGCAGGGGGCAGCAUAUAAGGACAGGGAGGGGACUUCGGACACGAAAUCCUUCAGGCAGAUCUCCAAGUUCGAGGCUGGCGCCGAGGACGUCGCCGCGGCGGCGUUCCAGGAGCUGCAGCACGGGGAGGUGGAGCCCGGCGACGCGGAUGAGCCUACUCCAGCGGGGCCAGCACCUUCUCGGCCUCCUGUGGCUCCCCUGUCGCUCGCGCCGAGGCCCCAGAGGCGACGGUUGGCCAGGCUCGACGCCCAUCAGGGCGAUGCAUCUUCAUCGGCAUCGGGGGCCCCUGUCCCCGAGCAGCGCGCCGACUUCCAGCAGGGGGCCCCGUCGUUGAAGGGCGUUCACCGCGCGAAGUCCCUCGGCGUCGGCAUCGGGAAAGUGUCGCGCCCAGAUGAUGCUCGGUCGGACGCAGGCUCGGCCGUCGCCGACGAUGGCGACGCAAUGGGGGAGUCCAAGAAGAUGUCGGCUCUCAAGAGCCAGCUGAGGUCGCACAGCAUGGAAAAGGUCAUGGGCGCAUGCAAGGGCAUCUUGAGCGCCACUUCCGACAAGCACGCGAACUCCAAGAUCUGUGGGCGCCCCCCCCCCCCCCGCGAUCGGACAUUGACUUCUCCGGUCGACCUGCUCGCGCGCGCGUCGAAUAGGUGCUCCCGCUUGAAGGCGGGAGACGGAGAUGGUCAAGGGGAGGAUGCAGUGGCUGGCAUGGCGCAGAACCUCUUAGACGAGGCCGAGCGCCUGAGAUUCGUCGGCCAGCUCUUCAAGGAAGCUCGUCAUGACCCCGUGGCGUUCUGGAAUAGGUCGCUACACGUGGCUGAGAAAACAAUCAUCCAGAAGAUGGCCCCGAAGUUGGCGUCGAAUGUAUUCGUCGCUGCAGGCGCCGGGGCAGUUUCGAAAGUAGAGCUCGCGGGCCUCGCCAGUGCUUAUGCGCCUGCGGUGGCGGCUGCCAGGGCAAUCAUGAGGUUCGCUGCCUCCAAGGACGACGACUCGAUGAGCUGCAGUUUCCUCCCCGAGUCGUCUCGAGACAGGGUGCAGCAGACCGUUGUCAUGGAGCUCGUCGAGAAGACGCUCGCCGCGUCCUCCGACGACUUCCAGAGCACGCGGGCUGCCCUCGUCGACGCGGGGGCCCCCGCAGAGACCCAGAACUCCUUCUGGCUGCGAGGUGCCGCCGAUCUGGUCUCGGCCGGCCUACGUGGACUUGAGCAUCGUCGCGUCUUUCUCUGGUUUGCUGAAGCGCGGCGUCAACGCGAGCCCCCAGCUCGCCGCCGUCGCCAGGGUCGUGUCGGAGAAGAAGUGCGAGACCAGCUUGAGGCUCCGAGCUUCCUCGAACAGGAGGGGCAAGCCCAACCAGCUCGGCGUCUCCUGCUGGGCACGGUGGGCCAGGUCGCCGCAUUGGGGAACGACCUGCAGUCAGCGGCGGCUCGUUUCAAGGGCCUCUGGAGCGAGUUCAGAGACAUCCGCCUCCCAGUUGAUAACUAUGAAGAUACCUUGUUCCUGGUCGGAGGCUUCAUCGAUGAAGGGCAGUCCGUCAAGAUCUUGGACGCAGUGCAGCUGAGGGCCAACAUCGACAGCGAGACACAGUCGCAGGACCUAGACGCCACCAUCGCCAAGGCUCGGUUCACGAAGCUGAUGAACGACCUCGAGGAGGUCAUCGAGGGGACUGCUGGCGAAGCUCUCACCCCGCACGUCAUCGAUCGGAUGCUGGAGCCCCCGCCGACUGGCGGACACGGGCACGAGGCGGACCGGCACUGGGCCGCUGACACUUUUCGGUGCAUGAUGCAACUUGUGAUCUUUCGCGAUAACUUGGAGUCGGCGCUGGAUCGUGGGCGGCCUUGGUCUAAGCUGAUGCUUGAGUUUCGGGCCAGGCUCAGUCUUCUCGUCGACGUCAGCCAGGCAGCGGUGUGCGAGAACGACAAGAACUACCUGGGCGCCCUCCGCACUUGGUCUUCUCUCUGGGUUCGCCAGCAGCGCAUUGCCAUCACCGACGUGUCGCUCGGGGCGCGGAGGAGUGAGGCAAUGAACGCCCUGACGGUCCUGCGAUCGUCUUCGAUCGAGGUCGCGGCGACUCGUGCUUUCAAGAACGUGCUGGACUUUCGCAAGGGGCUCGAUGACGGACGGCAUCAUCCAGUUGGCCACCCAGCUGCAG